AUGUCAGACUACGUCCCAAUCACCCCGAAGCCUGCUCAAGACUCCCACGACGCAGGCUCGGCCUCCACGGAUGGCAUCGACCACAAGCGACGCCGAGUUGGUGUCUCUAUAGCUUGUAACGACUGCCGCCGCAAGAAGGUCCGGUGUGACGGCCGAAGACCGGUGUGUUCAGGAUGUGAGAAUACGCAGAUCAAGUGUGUAUACAGGGAUGACUCUGGUCUAUCAGAUGAGUCCCAAUCGCUACUGCUCGAGGUCUUUCGUACCCUGAAUUCUCUUCCCGACGACCAGGUCCUAGAAAGGGUGCGAAGCCUGAAGAGAGAGAUUGAUCCCUCGGCCAUCCUUUCCAAUCUGAGAGGCCGAGCCAUCACUCUGCCCCAUGCGAAUUCAUCCGGCGAGUCGGCGAUGAUGAGCGACGUUUUCCAAACGAUGGAACUAGGACCUCAAUUUCCAAAUGCAUAUCCUACAAUACCAGUUCUGGACCUCGAAACUCUUGGAGAUGCCACAUACCAGCAGUUGGUUCAGGCGACGAAAAGAGACUCGGACACGGGGCAUGCGGGAGGACACGCACGACCCCUUUGCGAUAGCCGUCUCGCCAACUUGAACAUCAGCGACUGGACCAACGUGUCAGUGAACAACAGUUAUGCGGCUCGUGCCAUUUCUCUCUACCUCGAGACGGAUCAUCCCUUGCUCGGAUUCUUUGAACCAAACGGGUUUGUCUCUGAUCUCGCUACCGGCAAGACGGACUAUUGCUCCCGGAUGCUUGUUAAUGCGCUUCUGUACUGGGCAUGCGUAAGUCCUCGUUCGCUGUAUUGUGCGCAAGACCCAGAGAGCGGCUCCUUGGCACUCAGUUUCUGCUCCGAGGCAGAAUCACUCUGGGAAACCGAGCGCAACAAUGACUCGGUAAUGAACUUGGCAGCCGUCCAAUUCAUGACAUUGGGUUACUUGGGCCAGGGAAGGGAUCAUGCCGUCCUGGCCUAUCUCAACGAGGCUUCUCAAAUGGCUGUACACAUGGGCCUCUUUGGAGUUGCGGGUAAUUACAAGCAACAAGAGAUCAGUAGCUUGCAUGAGCCAGCAAGGAGCGCCCAGUUAUACGCGGCCUGGGGGUCGUUUAACUGGAUAACCCACAUGUCCCUGUUCUAUCGCCAGCCCGGCCUACAGUGCCCCAAGAUCCCGCCCAGGUUACCCAUUCCGGGAAAUCCAGAGAUACACCAACCACUAUCCGACAACCCAGGCACCUCAGAGACUGACCCCGACCCCCCGUAUAUGGGAGGUGUCUUUCCUUAUCUCUGUCAAUUCUGGUCCAUACUACAUGAACUAGCUUUGCUGUAUAGAAGCAAAGGGCCGCUCAAAGGCGAUCGCAGGACUCUUUGCUUCGCAGAAUUCAAGUUCCGGGAGCUACUGGCCUGGAGUAACCGCCUACCUUCGAGACUAUCUCGAAACGACAAAAGCCCGCACUAUGUGCAAAUCUUGCACAUAUGGCUCCACGCCGCUAUCCUCGACUUGUUCAGGUUCUCAAUGACCAGUGACCUGAAGAGCCUGCAUCUGAGAACCUUCACAAGCCCUUACAGCACACCAGAGACUGUGUGCAUUGCGUCAGCUCGCCAGCUGAAACAGCUCGUCAUCAACUACAGGCUCAACUUCACCUCUUCUUCCUACACCAUCCUCUGGCACACUGCCUUGACAUACCUCGCCAACGCCAUCCUGCAGAACCCCAAGGAGGAGAACUGGUUCUUCUACUUCCUGCUCUGCGUCUACGGCUACGAACGACUGCGCCCUUGCUGGCGCGUCACACAAGCCAUCUCAACGGCGCUGAUAUCGAUGGCGCUGCGCAAAGGCGACAUUACAAGCCCGACUGCACGUCAGCUAUUGAGCGACAUCAGCGACAACAAAAGCUAUCAACUGGACGGCGACGUCAGGGCGACGUUCAUGAUGGACCUGGAGCUGGCGACGUCGGAUCCUGAAUCUGCGAGCGUGGAAAGGAUGGCUCAGGACUUUGACCAGAACCUUUUGCUUCAACAGUACACAAACAUCUUUGACAGGUGA